AUGAGCGUUCCCUUUCCUAAACCCCACACUUGGUAAGGUCUACAGAUCAUUAAAGGUUGUAAUAAUUUAUUUUUGGGGGAAGAGAAUCUUUUCGAAUUUACCUAUUUCAAGCGUUGUUUUCGAGAGUUGCUCUUUUUCUGCGUGGUUUUCACAACGUAGAUUUUAAUUUUAGUCGUUUUCAGGGAUCACCAAGGCAAAAUGAGGUUAAUCAUAUGCGGUAUGGCGCUUGUGGUUGUGAUGUCUUCAGUGAUUUGUGAGGUAAGCGAUCAGAUUUGUUACAAUGGAAUGGCUCAAACAGCAUGCUUUUUGAUAUCUCAAAUUUUUACAUUAUUCUGGCUGAUUGCGGUCACGGUAUUAAUUGUUUGGGGCUUUAUUAUGUUUGUGUAUAGCAAGUUUUAUUACAGGACCAAAUCCAAGCCACAACCCCAGCUGAUGACUCGCAAGAACGUGAGCAAAUUGCCAAGGAGAUCGAGAAGAUGCUCCUUGCCACCAAGGCUGUAUUGUUCUCAAAAACUUAUUGCCCAUAUUCCAAAAGAGUGAAGCUGAUCUUGGAGCCCUAUCGGAUCAAGGAUAUUCAUGUGGAAGAAGUCAAUUUGAGAAAUGAUUCGUUAAAGGUUCAGGUAAAAAAUUAUUGUUUUUAACUCGCCAUAAUUGCAUUGUAGAAGUUCUAGGUGAUUUUUGUGUUUUUUAAUUUUUAUUUUUGUAAAACUUCUUUACCUAAUUUUAGGACGAACUAGAGAAGUAUAGCCACAUCCAUACUGUUCCUCAAUUCUUCCUCAACGGAAAGUUUGUCGGCAACUUUGAUCGAAUCAACAAAUUGGAAUCGGACGGAAAACUGCGGCAAAUCUUGGAGGACGCCGGUGCUAUACCAAAAAAGCAUUAA